GGCUUCCUGGAAAAGAAUUUUAACUUUCUGUUUUACAGUUCUGAGAGAAAGAUAUUUUUAUUCUAUUUAUAUUUUACUCAAUGUUUUAAUAAAGUUAUAUCAUUUGUUUGCCAAUUCCUGGGCUGUGAAGGGCUCUAUCUGAGAUGGCUUUUAAAAUCAGAGUACCAGAGUUGGUUGCUAACAUAGAUGUGAAGGAUGCAGAGUACGACUGUGUGGUCGUUGUUACAAACAAGGUGGAAAAACUAGUUGGAAAUCUUCAAUGUCUAAAAGCUCCUAUUGAAAAUUAUGCCAAGGUGGACAGUAUUGAAGAUGUUGUGUUGAUACCGACAGAUGAGGUGCCAUCUAAAAGAUUGAUAUGGUCACCAACUGGACCGUUGGACAGGGACUAUGAUGAUGUGAGAAGAUUCUAUGAUGCAGGUUAUAAAGGCAUGAAGAGAGCAAUGAAGGCAGGGAGUAAGAAGCCACUGUUUGUACGACCAAUUGACAAAACAUUUCCAGAGGCUGGAAAUUGUGCAUCACUCGGUGCUUUGCAGGCAGCUUAUGUGCCAUUAGAAAUCCGUGAAGAUGUUCCAGAGAAGGCAAAGAAGGUUGAGAAGAUAGGGAUCUGGUGUGAUGAUCUGGAUCGUGUGCAAGCCGGCAUUAAAAAACUUAAUGCGCUAGAAAUUGGGAGAAUUGUUACCCGAGACAUUGGUGGAUCGGACCCGGAAAGAAUGGCCGCCCCAAGAGUUGAAGAAUAUGUGAGAGAUAUCUUCAAGGAUACUAACAUAAAGGUGGAGGUGAUUUCUGAUGUAGCAGUAUUUGAGAAGGAGUACCCUCUGCUUGCUGCCGUCAACAGGGCAGCCAGAAUGGUACCCAGACACCAGGGACGAUUGAUAUAUCUUACGUAUGAAGGGGAAGGUACUAUCGAAAAGACAGUGUUUCUAGUUGGAAAGGGAAUAACAUACGACACUGGUGGAGCCGACAUCAAAGCUGGUGGGGUCAUGGCAGGCAUGCACAGAGACAAAUGUGGAGCAGCAACUGUGGCUGGUUUCUUCAAGACAUUGUCAGAACUGAAGCCAAAGGGAAUCAAAGUUGUUGGAAGUAUGUCAAUGGUCAGGAAUAGUGUUGGAUCAGAGUGUUAUGUUGCUGAUGAAAUCAUCACAUCUCGUGCAGGAGCACGUGUCAGGGUCGGGAACACAGAUGCUGAGGGACGGAUGGUGAUGGCUGACGUCCUUUGUAGGAUGAAAGAAUUGGCCCUGGAUGCUGUCAAUCCUCAGCUGUUUACAAUUGCAACAUUGACUGGACAUGCCAUCAGGGCCUAUGGUGAAGAUUAUUCAAUAAUUAUGGACAAUGGACCUGCACGAAAGAUAAACACAAGCUCAGACAUACAGGCUGCGGGUGACAUACUGGCUGAUCCAUUUGAAAUUUCUACAAUCCGAAGAGAUGACUAUGAAUUCCACACUGGCAAGUCGGAAUAUGAGGAUGUUCUGCAGUGUAACAACCAACCAUCAAGUGCCACUGCACGUGGUCACCAGAGCCCUUCAGCUUUCAUGAUCAAGGCAUCAGGACUUGAUAAGCAUGGAAAUGACUCAGACAAGCCCCUGCCCUACUCCCACUUGGAUAUUGCAGGCUCUAGCGGACCAUUCCCUGGUGUACCUACAGCCGCACCACUUCUAGCUCUGGCUGGACAUUUCAUUUUGCCGAGAGUUUAGGCAUUCGGCACCAAUACUUAACUUGUAUAAACUGUAAAUGAAAACCUGGAUCAAAUUCAGAAAUUAAUGUAUUAAGUGGAGAUACUAGACAGCUAUAAUCAUACUGUAUGUGUGCUUUGUUUCCAGAUAUCUUUUUUUCAUUUGACUGUUAUAUAUUGAUUGAUGUUGAUAUGUCUAAGUGAAAUACAUACUGUUUGUACAUACAUGUGAACCUACACAAAAGCUCAAGGGGGAUUUCAGACUUUCCAAACACGGCAGUUUUUGUUUUGAAGAGGAUUUUAUGUAGUGAUGCACACUUUUUGCAUUUGAGCAGUUCCCAUUUUGGUGGCUCGAAACUCUAAAAAACUUGCUGAUUCCUUUGUGACUUCGAGCGUUCAUUGUUUUACUGUAUUAUCUAAAAUUUUACAAAACUGAAAUUGACAUGUUACAACAUUAGAAUACAGUUCACUUUAGAAAACAAACAUUUCAACGUUAUUUUUACAUUACAUGCUAUACACGUCAAAGGAGAUUGGUUUAUAUUAUUGUGUAGGAUUAUCGAAGAUAUUACACAAUCCUUUUAGCUUGCAAUUGGUGAAGUACCCAAUUAAGUAUACAGUGAGUUGUAUACAAUGUGUAUGAAAAGAAUUGGAACCACUGCCUUACCCUUGCAUGAUAGUAAGAGGUGACUUUGCUGUAACUCUGUGAUGGAUUCCAGCAGGUAUGCAAAUUUUGAUUCCAUACCUCAUGUUUUUAUUUGGAUGUAAAUGAGAUGUGAAACGAAAAAUUGUAGUCCUGUUUGGCACCAUAUAACCUAUACUGUGUUGGUGCACCGUAAAACCCAAAUAAAUAAAUAAAUGUAUACAAUGUACAUAAAAUAGAAUAGAUAUUGUUUUAAAUGUAAGAGUAGAUGAUUGAUUUUAUAACCAAAUCAGAUAAUAUGACAGAAAUAAUCAGUUGUGUAGGUUCACCUGUAGGCUGAUAUUACUCUGUUUUGCUCCAUGCAAAUAUGGGCCUAUAAGAUUUGGGGUGAAAAUUUCUCUUUAAAUAUGUAACAAAAACUUUACCUAUCUGGCUACCUGAGGAUUUUCCGUUGUGCAUGGGUUUACAGGUGUUCCACGUAAUUGACAAAUAUAUAUCUUAUUUAUUUUCUUUUAUGGAAUGGCUUGCUGGUCAAUAGUCAGUAUUAUUUGCCUGAGGUCUAAGGCAUAUCAAAUAUGAACAAAAAAUGUGAUCGAAGUAUUGUUCUCAGGAAUAACCUUGAGUAUAUAUAUAUAGAUUUAUCUAAUAAAAUACUACACAACAAUAGAAA